CAGGAACACAACCAUCUCCCUGCUGACCGCGGAUGACGCCAUGGUGUCCAUCGACCCCACCAUGCCUGCCAAUUCAGAACGCACCCCGUACAAAGUGAGACCGGUGGCCAUCAAGCAGCUGUCUGAAAAGAAGAAUUAAUCCAGAGCAUGCUGACCCAGGUCGUAGGAGCAGUUCUCAAGAGCGUUUAAGAUCAACGAACUCAAAGCCGAAGUCGCGAAUCACCUGGCCGUGCUCGAGAAGCGCGUCGAACUGGAAGGCCUGAAAGUGGUGGAGAUUGAGAAAUGCAAGAGCGACAUCAAGAAGAUGCGGGACGAGCUGGCGGCCCGAAGCAGCAGGACCAGCUGUCCCUGUAAGUACAAUUUUGUGGAUACCAACAAGAAGAUGACGCCCCGGCGUGAUGUCCCCACUUACCCCAAGUACCUGCUCUCUCCAGAGACCAUCGAAGCGCUCCGGAAGCCCACCUUUGACGUCUGGCUCUGGGAGCCCAACGAGAUGCUGAGCUGCCUGGAACACAUGUACCAUGACCUGGGCCUGGUCCGAGACUUCUCCAUCCACCCCGUCACGCUCAGGAGAUGGCUGCUCUGCGUGCACGACAACUACAGAAACAACCCUUUCCACAACUUCCGGCAUUGCUUCUGCGUGACCCAGAUGAUGUACAGCAUGAUCUGGCUCUGCCGGCUGCAGGAGAAAUUUUCCCAAAUGGAUAUCUUGAUUCUAAUGACGGCAGCCAUCUGUCACGAUUUGGAUCACCCAGGGUACAACAACACGUACCAGAUCAACGCCCGCACGGAGCUGGCCGUCCGUUACAAUGACAUCUCGCCCCUGGAGAACCACCACUGUGCCGUGGCCUUUCAGAUCCUCGCCCAGCCCGAGUGCAACAUCUUCACCAACGUGCAGCCGGACGGGUUCAAGCAGAUCAGACAGGGGAUGAUCACUCUGAUUCUAGCCACUGACAUGGCAAGACACGCAGAAAUUAUGGAUUCUUUCAAAGAAAAAAUGGAGACUUUUGACUACAGCAACGAACAGCAUGUGACCCUCCUGAAGAUGAUUCUGAUAAAAUGCUGUGAUAUCUCCAACGAGGUGCGUCCGAUGGCAGUUGCAGAACCUUGGGUGGACCGCUUGUUGGAAGAGUAUUUCAUGCAGAGCGACCGCGAGAAGUCGGAAGGCCUUCCCGUGGCCCCUUUCAUGGACCGGGACAAAGUGACCAAAGCCACGGCCCAAAUUGGGUUCAUCAAGUUUGUCCUGAUCCCCAUGUUUGAAACGGUGACCAAGCUCUUCCCUGUGGUCGAGGAACUCAUGCUGCGGCCCCUUUGGGAAUCCAGAGACCGUUACGAGGAACUGAAACAAAGAGAUGACUCCGUGAAAGAGAGGGAGACGGAGAGCUUGACGGCGGGGGGCACUGACACGUCGCCGUCGUCGAGAGAGAAAAGCAGAGAUGUGAGAAACAGAGAAGAGGGUGCUAUUCUGAACUGACGUCUCGAUGCACAUGACGGAGCCUGGAGGAGGCAGGACGAUGCGGGCCGUGGUUCUGGACCAGGCUGGCCGAGCCUCGCGAGCCGUCCGCGCGGGGGAGAAGUUCAUUCCGAGCGCCUGACUCCACGAGACCACGUUUUCUAAGAACUGUUUUGUUCACUGAUACAAAAAAAAAAAAAGGAAAACGGAAUUCAUGAUGCUGUACAGAAUUUUUAUUUUUAAACUGUCUUUUAAAUAAUAUAUUCUUAUACAGAAACGGGUACUGUACUUUUUCUUUGUAGUGUUGUGUAUCCGGGGGCUGCGUCUGGCAGUCCCCAGAGCCCCCGAGCUCUCACGGGGGGACAGGAACUGUGCUUUGCUCGCAGAUGUGUCUGCGCGGUGUGAUGUGACGCUCCCUCCCGUGUAAAUUCAGAAUUAAAUGCCAGGCAGUGCCCAGAGCACAAGGA